AUGUCCACCGAAUACAACGGCACGACGACAAGUGCCAGCUAUGGCGACGAUACGGGAGCCAACGACCUUAAUGUCUUUUACGACACCGGUCACCUGUGCUUCCUAUUCAUCUGCUCAGGUCUCGUCAUGCUGAUGAUUCCUGGCGUCGGUCUCUUCUACAGUGGUCUUGCGCGUCGCAAGUCUGCCCUGGAGCUGCUCCUCCUGUCCAUGAUGAGCGUGGGCGUUGUCGGCUUCCAGUGGUACUUCUGGGGCUACUCGCUGACCUUCUCCCGUACCGGCGGUUCCUUUCUUGGCGACCUGACUAUGUUCGGUCUGAUGGACACCAUGGCCCAGCCCAACGGUUCCGACUACCUUCCUGAUAUCCUCUUCUGCCUGUACCAGGGCAUGUUCGCCUCCAUCACGCCCGCCCUCGCCAUCGGCGCCGUUGCCGACCGUGGCCGCAUCCUCCCCGCCCUCGUCUUCAUCUUCAUCUGGACGACCGUCGUGUACGACCCGAUUGCCUACUGGACCUGGAACGCCAACGGUUGGCUCUUCAAACUCGGUUCCCUCGACUUCGCCGGCGGCGGCCCCGUCCAUAUUGCUUCGGGCACCUGCGCCCUGGCAUACAGCGUAAUGCUCGGAAAGCGAGUCGGAUACUCCAAGACAGGUGGCAUGCCCUAUCGCCCCCACAACGUCACCAACGUCGUCAUCGGCACCGUCUUCCUCUGGGUCGGCUGGUUCGGUUUCAACGGUGGCUCUGCCCUGGGCAUGAACAUCCGCGCCAUCCUAGCCACCUACAACACCCAGCUCGCUGCCUGCGUCGGUGCUCUCUCCUGGACGCUCCUCGAUUACCGCCUUGAGCGUAAGUGGAGCACCAUCGGUUUCUGCUCCGGUGCCAUCUCCGGUCUCGUCGCCAUCACGCCGGCUGCCGGCUUCGUCACCACCUGGGGCGCUCUGGUUAUCGGUAUCGUUGGUGGUAUUUGCUGCAAUUUUGCUACAAAGCUAAAGUUCCUUAUCGGUGUCGAUGAGUCUCUCGAUAUCUUUGCCGUCCACGGCAUCGGUGGCAUGGUUGGGAACAUUUGCACUGGCGUCUUUGCUGCUUCUUGGGUCGUCGAUCUUGACGGCUCUAGCAACGAGCCUCUCGGCUGGAUCGAGCACCACUGGGUCCAGGUCGGCUACCAGUUCGCUGGUACUGUCAGCUGCUUCGCCUGGUCCUUUGUCCUGACCUGCAUCAUCCUCUUCCUCCUCAAUCUCGUCCCCGGCCUGUCCCUUCGCGCCACUGCUGAGGAGGAGGAGCUCGGCAUGGACGACGUCCAGCUUGGCGAGUUCGCCUACGACUAUGUCGAGCUCACCCGCCACGUCUCCGACUCAGCCAGUUCCGUCAACGGCCACGGUGUACUCAGCAACGGCAGCGCCAUGGCCAGCCACGAGAAGGUCCCCCAGACUGUCUAG